UUAGAACAGCAAGUGGAGAGAGAGCGAGCUGGGCUGUCGUGAAGUGUCGUGGUGCAUGAAUUUAAUGUUUCCCUUCUUUACUCACGCCUUCCUUUUACUAUUUGGAGGCAUAUAUCUCCUCGUCGGAGGUAUCUCCUCUUCUUCGCAUGCAGACUUCUUUUCUCCUCUUCGUCUCCUUUUAGUCCUCUCGCUCUCCAUCGCUGACAAAUCUUUCCCUUUUAGCUCUCAAAUCCUCUCUUUGGUCGCCGGAUCGCUCUGUCUUUCGACUUCUUGCUGCCUUUUCGACCUCGCUAGAAAGAUUGAUUUCUGUGGAGCGAACUCGGUGGUGAGAUCGGAACAAGCUGACGAUUUGAUCGCGGUUGUCGGCAAAAGAAGUAAGGAAAGGAGAAAGGUUGGUGGAAUUAGACGGGAUUCGGGAUGGCAACCAAGCGGUGCAUGAAUGUUUCCUGUGGUGCCACAGUGCCGGAGGGCGAGUGGAAGAAGGGAUGGGGGCUGAAAUCGGGCGGAUUCGCGAACCUCUGCAACAAAUGCGGGGUGGCAUAUGAGCAGUUAAUUUUCUGUGACAUAUUUCACCAGAAACAAUCGGGGUGGAGGGAGUGUUUCUUCUGUGGCAAACGCCUUCAUUGUGGAUGCAUCGCUUCAAAGUUUUCAUUUGAUUUGCUUGACAAUGGUGGAGUUCAGUGUAUUAGCUGCAUGAAGAAUUCAGAAAUUUCCUUUGUUUCAAGUGAAGCCAUGCAAAAUUUUUUGCCUCAACACAAUCAAAGACUUUUGGUAGGUAGUGAAUGUGACUUGUCCACUAGCUCUGCUGAAACUAAAAUGGAUGAUAGUGCUGUUGGUAAGGGAAAGGGAAUUAUGCAGUUGGUUAGAAAUAAUGAUACUAACAAACAGAGAAUUGUAUCUUUGGAGCAAAGAGAGGGUGAAAAUGGAUCAUCACAACCUAUCAGAUGGGAUCAUUUGGCCUAUAAUACUGGGGAAGUGGGAAAGUUGAGUUUCUCAAGCAGAAACCAAGGUGCUAUAAUGUCUUCACAAAUGUCCCAGCAACAUGAUAUGAUAUCUGAGUCACUAGCCCAGGCAUGUCUGAGUAUGACCUUGGGGACUUCAGAUGCAGAAAGGCCUCUUAUGGUGCUGCCCCCAACUAAUGCACUUGCUGAAGGAGGGGACCAGAACAAGGCUUCCUCUACAUUUCAACAAGUGCAAAGGGCUCGCCAAUUUCUGCCCAGGCUUCCAAAGGCAGGUAGUGGAGCUACCCCAGAGGUAUCAAAAGAUGGAGCUUCACAUAUGCGUGUAGCCAGGCCACCUGCUGAGGGAAGAGGCCGGAAUCAACUACUUCCACGUUAUUGGCCAAGGAUUACAGACCAAGAACUCCAGCAAAUAUCUGGAGAUUCAAAUUCUACAAUUGUGCCCCUGUUUGAGAAGGUCUUGAGCGCAAGUGAUGCAGGUCGUAUUGGACGUUUAGUUCUUCCCAAAGCUUGUGCUGAGGCAUAUUUUCCUCCAAUUUCUCAACCAGAAGGCCUCCCAUUGACCAUUCAAGAUGCAAAGGGCAAAGAGUGGCAUUUCCAGUUCAGGUUUUGGCCAAAUAAUAACAGCAGAAUGUAUGUCUUGGAGGGUGUUACUCCAUGCAUACAGUCACUGCAAUUGCAAGCCGGUGAUACAGUAACUUUCAGCCGGAUAGAUCCUGAGGGAAAACUUGUCAUGGGCUUCCGAAAGGCAACAAAUACUGUACCUUUGCAAGAUUCUCAGAUUUCUGCCAUUGCCAACAGUGCCGUUGGCAAUGAAACAUUCCUCCCGGGUGUAAAUGAGAACCUACCUAUAGCAACUGGUUAUCCGGGACUUCUUUUAUCUUAUCAUCAGACGGAUAAGCAUGGAGGCAGGCCAAAUGACGGACUGCAAUUGCAGCCUGUACAAAAACGAAGUCGUAAUAUCGGUACCAAAAGUAGGAGGCUGCUUAUGGAUAGUGAAGAUGCUUUGGAGCUGACGCUUACUUGGGGGGAGGCUCAAGACUUGCUGCGUCCAGCUCCAAAUUCAAGACCUAGCAUCGUCAUGAUUGACGAUCACGAAAUUGAAGAAUAUGAUGAACCCCCAGUUCUUGGGAAGAAAACCAUCUAUACAGCACGGCUUACUGGGGAACGAGAUCAAUGGAUUCAAUGCGAUGCUUGCUCAAAAUGGCGCCGGUUGCCUGUGGAUGUUCUUGUUCUUUCAAAGUGGACAUGUGCUGACAACACAUGGGACCCAAAGAGAUCUUCAUGCCAUGCGCCAGAAGAAUUGAGCCAGAAAGAUCUGCAAAGUCUUCUCCGGCAGUAUGCAGAUUACAGAAGGCAGCGGAUGAAUGCUAAACAGCACUGUGCAGAGUUGGAUGCAUCAUCUGGCCUGGAUGCCUUGGCCAAUGCUGCAGCUUUAGGAGAUGUUAGUAAUCAAACCACAUCCUCAGUUGCAACCACAACCAAGCAUCCACGGCAUCGCCCUGGGUGCACAUGCAUCGUGUGCAUCCAGCCUCCAAGCGGAAAGGGCCCCAAGCAUAGCCCUACAUGCACAUGCAACGUGUGUCUGACUGUCAAAAGGCGCUUCAAAACACUCAUGAUGAGGAAAAAGAAGCGCCAGUCUGAGCGUGAGGAGGCUGAGGCUCAGAAGAGGCUUGCUUGGGGCAACAAGGAAGAACUUGAAGGCGACAGCUUGUCAAGAAGAAGCGUUCAGCCUCUUGAUGUCCAUCGGGAGUGUGAGUUGGGGCAGGGGCCAGGAUACGGUCGAACCAUCGUCGAGAAGGUUGACAUGAGCAAGGGGCAGAUAGACUUGAAUUGCCACCCCGGACGCGAUGAGGUUCCACAAGCCGGGCCACCCCGGCAGAGCAUGAUGAGCCUUCUCCAGGAGGCAAACCUUCCCCUGGAGAUGUAUCUGAAGCAGAAUGGGCUCACCAGCUUGGUGGGUGAGCAAGGGAGCUCAAGCUCUCACACAAUUCCACAGGGGCCUGGGGAGAGCGAUGGGAGAACACCUGAUGAGAGUCACUUUGCUUCCGUGGCUCAGGAGAGGGAUGGCGGUGCUGAUGAAGCGCAUGACAGUCCUGACAAGGCAAGAAGUGAUACUGCUUGAAGAUAUUUUUCCUUGUGUCGGAGUGGUACCAAAUUUUGAUGAGUAUCAGAUGGUGCGAUAUAUGCAAUCUGCUGGUAGCUAGUAGGCUUGCCUUUUUUGUUUCUUUUGUGUAGUGUUCUCUUCAUCCAUUUGAAUUGGUGAGAUGUACUUACAUCAGGAGAUGAAACUGGGGUGAGCAUUUUGUGAUAGUUAAUGUCAUGUUUAUAGUUAAGGGAUGUUCUUUUCAAAAUGAAUGAGGUUAUUAUAAUCUUGAUAUUUAUUUAGACUUGUAAUUUAGUAUAACCUUGGUAUUUCUUAA